ACAGGAUUUUUUUUUCUCUUUUGUUGGGCGGGAGGGUAUCUUCUCUUUAAUCUAGCUCCGGUGUCCUGGAUGAAGGCGACCGGGGCGGGAUUCGAACCCCUCGAUUAUUCGGAGUUCUCUUCGUGUAGGAAACAAUCGAUUCAGAACCCCGAGCGAGGCACCCGGUUUGGACAUUGGACAGUUUAGCUGAGGAAUCUGCUCCUGUAAAAUACAAGAAUUGAGGAGUUUUGUUUGGCUAUUCAAGGCUUAUUAAAAGGCAUGUUUUGGACAACUGGAAACAGCUUAAAACCAUCUAAGGAAUGGUGAAAUCAGAACUUACAAUUGCUUUUCUCUAUGCAAAUGGAUGUUCUUGAGAUUUUAUUUCUCUUCCUGGUCAUAAUGGAUGAACAAAGUCAUUAAGAUCCUUAAGAUAGUGAUGGCUAUUCCUCAUGAAUCUGAAUAUGGAGGCCACUGGGACAGAUGAAGUAGAGAAAAUAAAAUCAAAGUUUAUAUCAGCAUGGAAUAAUAUGAAAUAUGGCUGGGUACUGAAAACUAAAACUUAUUUUAGCAGAAAUUCUCCUGUCUUUUUGCUGGGAAAAUGCUACCAUUUCAAGAGCGAUGAACCCAGUGACCAGUCACCAAAUGGUUCCUGUGAUGACAUGACAGAAGAAAGGUUUUCCAGAAACGUUGAAGAGUUCCGUAAAGACUUUAUUUCUAGGAUAUGGUUGACUUACAGGGAAGAAUUUCCCCAAAUCAAGGGUUCAGUUUUAACAACAGACUGUGGCUGGGGCUGUACCUUGAGGACUGGUCAAAUGCUUCUGGCUCAAGGACUUAUUCUCCACUUUCUUGGUAGAGAUUGGACUUGGGCCAACGCUUUUGUUUUCGAGAAUCCAGAGUCUGAAUCAUGGACAACUCAGACAGUAAAAAAGCUCACAGCAUCUCUUGAAACAUCACUUAUAGGAGAAAGAGAAUUCAGGAACCAGUCAAAUCAUCCUAAAAGUCCAAUACACAUCCGGGAAAGUGAAGAAAGCGUGGAGGAGCAGUAUCACCGAAGAAUCAUAUCUUGGUUUGGUGAUUCCCCACUUGCCAAUUUUGGCUUGCAUCGGCUAAUAGAAUAUGGAAGGAAGUCUGGAAAAACAGCUGGAGAUUGGUAUGGGCCAGCAGUGGUAGCACACCUUUUGAGGAAAGCAGUUGAAAAAGCAAGGGACCCUGAGUUACAAGGAAUAGCCAUCUACGUUGCUCAAGACUGUACAGUUUACAAGUCCGAUGUUAUUGAUGCUCUCUGCACUUUCACAGCUUCUGAAAAGACAGGUGCCAAAUCUGUGAUUAUAUUAAUUCCUGUCAGGCUUGGUGGUGAACGGACCAAUAUGGAAUACUUCGAGUUUGUGAAGGGAAUUUUGAGUCUCGACUACUGCAUUGGCAUUAUCGGAGGCAAACCUAAGCAGUCAUAUUACUUUGCUGGAUUUCAAGAUGACAGCUUGAUUUACAUGGAUCCUCAUUAUUGCCAGUCUUUUGUAGAUGUCAGCGUAAAGGAUUUCCCCCUUGAGUCUUUCCACUGCCCUUCUCCAAAAAAGAUGUCGUUUAAAAAAAUGGAUCCGAGUUGCACCAUAGGAUUGUAUUGUCGUGACAUCCAGAGUUUUGAAAGGGCUGCUGAAGAAAUAACUAAGAUUCUAAAAUCCUCAUCUAAAGAGAAAUAUCCCUUGUUUACUUUUGUAAAUGGACAUUCCAGAGACUAUGAUUUUGUGGCGAGUCCAGUCCAGGAAGAGAAAGCAAUGUUCUCUGAAGAUGAACACAAAAAGAUGGCGUGUUUUAAUAAUGAAGACUUUGUCUUGCUAUGAGGACAUUUUUAUUUAUUCCUUUAAAUGUUUUUAUGCUCAAUCUUCACAGAUGCUACAAAAUGGCUUAACUAAAGCUGCAAGCAACAUAAAAAUCAUAAUUAAAAGUAAUUAAUAAAAAAACUUGUGGCAAUAAGCAGUAGAUAACCAAGGACUAUCAUCACUAAUCAGUUGUCAAAAACUUGUUUUCUGACUUCCAGCAAAGGGGAUCCUAGAGUUUAAGACUAGGCACCACUGCCCACUAAUUUUUGCUUUGCAUAAUCAUGCACAACACUUCAAUUGGGAAGUGACAGAAUGGACAUCCAGUUGUGACUCAAGUCUAACCUGCAAGAUUAGAAUCAUCAAUCUUUCCAGCAGUGAAUUCCAAGUGCAGGAGAUAUUAAGCCCAAACUGCCUGAAGUCUGUUACUUGAGGUAAAAAAGAAAAGAAAGAAAAUUGGACAGGAGGAAUACCUCAUAUGAACAACAUAAAACAAUAUCACAUGGACCAUUUAAUUAAAUAUUCACUUUAAUUGAUAAAAAUAUAAGGUUUACCAAACAAAGCUUCUAUUGGCAUAUAAUUAGUAAAAACAGACUUGUAGUUAAAAUAUCAAAAAGCUUAGGAAUCAGUAGUUAUUAUCCUGAUGUUUAAAGAAAUAAACUAAUGAACCUGUACUAUGAAAGGCUAAUUAAACUUGUGAAAGAUGAUAAAAGACAAUCUGUGCUCAAGGCCUAUAAUGCGCAGUGUUGAAUUUGUGCUCAGGAACAUCUUAAUUUGCUCAUCAUAAUAGUCAAGUUUAGCCCAUUCUAAGUGCACUUCAUAAAUUGUAGAGCAUCUUCCAUACAUUAGACUUUAGAGAAGUUUUUUAUCAGAUUCAUCAUAUAGGCAAAAGAAAGGGAUAUACCUUAUAUGUAUAGCAACAGGUAUGCCUCCUGGCCCAUGGGCAUUAGAAAAUCAAGAAGGGUAUCAAGACCUAUGACACCUAUUAGGCCAAAUGGCUUAAGGCUAGAUGUCAGUUUUGAACUGCCCGACCUACUGUAAUAUAUCUUUAACCCUAUAGUCUGCAUUUAUUAGUAAAUACACUGAUAUAACCAUUAUAUAGUGUUGCUUUGCAGAUCAGCAUUGAGCUGCAAGAAUUUCCUUAAGGCAGUAUACCUCCUGCAGGUGACAUUUUGUGGACCACCUGUCCUAAGUGCACUUCUGGGGGGGGAAAAAACUGCUAGGAUGGUCAUUUUAAGCUAACGGGUAGCAUUUAGAUCUAUGAAAAUGACAACUGUGGUACUGUAUCCGCCUGGCUCCAACAGAUUUAGGGAAAUGGUAGCAUUUGAAGAGAAAUGAUGUCUCCUUCAGUAUCCUUCAAAUCUAUUGAAUAUUUAUAUUCUCACAGGGUACAUAUCAAGAGUAGGUCUUUUAAAACAUUUUAAAAUGUAUAUAGCAACUUAUUUUAUUAAUAGACGAAUAUAAUGGCAGGUAAUAAAAGGAUACUAAGCUUAUUGAGAUAUGGUUAAAUAUUGAUGUGUUAGGCUAGUUUUCUCAUAUUUCUAGCUUUUCAACAAUUUUUAUUUUGAAUUCAAAUCAAUUUUUGACUGUAAAAGGAUUCACUGCAAUGAAUCUACUAAGGUACACUGCAUAUUUUAAAAAUAUUUUUGAUAACACUUGAUAAAGAGACCCUAGGAUUGAAGUAUUCCAAGGACCAUGAUGUGCUUCAAUUGAUCAUCACUUAACUAAUUUAAGACAAAGGAACUGGCUAGUUUGCAAGAGCAUACAGUUUGUUGGAAACCAAUACUUAGAAUGUUGUAUUGUUAAAAACCUAGGCUUAAUGUGCAUAAAGAAACAGGGAAACAAAAUAUUAGUAUUAUUUAGUGUCAGUCCCUAUAAUGUUUAAUGGUGUGAUCAUGAAAUUCCAGGCUGAGUAUUGUGGUCCAAUGUAUUUUUACUUUUUACCAGUGAUGCUUAUGUAAUUGUAAGAUGAAGAGUGAGUAAAGAUUAUUAUUUAACAAUA